GUACACUUCUCAACAAGUUGAUAAAAAUUGUGCUUUGGAGAUUGAAAAUGAAGAUGAAAACUCUAAAACUUUGUUAGCUAAAUCUUACAAUAUACCAGGCAGCUCUGAUGAAUCUGAUGGUUUUGAUAGUUCUGACUCAAAUUAUGAUAGCAAUAAAUUAGAUUCUCAAGAUAUUGAGAAUAUAAAUCCAUCUUUAAUUCAGAACUCUAUUGUUCAUGCAAGAAAAGAUGCUCUACGCAAAACAAGGUUUAAGAGAUUAUAUAAGGUAAAACAGAAAAAUGCAGAACAUCAGAAAACUAAAGAGUGA